AUGAAGAUGAAGCUGUGGAAACGGGCUUCUGGAGCGAUCAAGGACCGGAAUAGCAUUUGGACUGCUAACCUGAAGAGGAGGACUGCGCUCCACAACCCCAACAUGGAGGUGGCUGUGAUCAAAGCCACCAGCCAUGACGAUUCUCUUAUCGAUUACAGAAAUGCCUGGAGAGUCUUUGCAUGGAUACGCGUCUCACCGGCCUACCUCAGCCCUUUCUUGCGGGCUCUUUACAUGCGUAUGGACAAGACUCGGAGCUGGGUGGUGGCCCUCAAGGGUUUAGUGCUCAUGCAUGGUGUUUUCUUCUGUGGGGUUCCCACCGUGAACAAUAUCGGACAUUUACCAUUUGAUCUAUCGAACUUCAAGGACGGACACUUGAAUCCGGUUGAAGCAUCCGGCUACAAUGCUUUAGUUCGCGCUUACUAUGAAUUUCUUGAUAAAAAAUCUGUCUUCUUGUCCAUGGAUUUGCAGGAAGGUCCUGAAGAAAGCGGAGAAGAGACAGGAGAGCAAUUACCUCCGGUGCAAGAGAUUGCGAGGCUGCAAAAACUGCAAGGUUUGCUUGAUAUGUUACUUUGUAUCAAGCCCCGAGUACUCAAACCAACAAAUACGAGUCUAAUUCAUGAAGCCAUUGACUGCAUUAUCAUCGAGAUUUUUGACAUUUAUAGCAGAAUAUGUAAUGGGAUCGCUAGAGUCGUCCUGAGGAUUUGUUCUGCUAGAAAAGCCGAAGCAACCAUGGCAGUCACAGUUUUAAAGAAAGCAACAGUGCAGGGUGAAGAACUCUCUUUGUACUUGGAAUUUUGCAGAGAGUCGGGCGUUCUGAAUGCAUCACAGUGUGCCAAAGUCAAGCAAGUCCAAGAAGAAGACAUCCGAGAACUUGAGCUCAUAAUCAAUAGCAAUUUGGUUAAGAAAGAGGAUACCGAUGAUGCAGGGAAGGAUUCAGUGACUGCUUUCGACACCAUAAUCACCGAUAAGUGGGAGUUGUUUGAUGAAGAUUUAGUAAAGGUUAAUGGAGAAACUUGUUCUUUCAAUAUAGGAAAAACUACUGCGACAAAAGAAGAUCCUUCUGCAGAUUCUUCAACUCUUCCACUUAUCCACCUAGAUGCUAAUAAUGAAGGAUCGCCAGAUUUAAUUAGUUUCUUGUAG